AUGUUCUUCUCUCACGCUGCUAUCGCCCUCUUCGCCGCGGGCCUGACUUCCGCCGCCCCGGUUGUGGAGAAGCGCAACGGCCCUACUGAUGCUGAUAUCCUCAACUACGCUUUGACCCUGGAGCACCUUGAAGAUACCUUCUACCGUCAAGGCUUGGCCCAGUUUUCUCAGCAGCAAUUUGCUGAUGCUGGCUUUGACUCCGACUUCUAUAACAACCUGAACAAGAUUGGCAAAGACGAAAGCGACCACGUCAACUUUAUCACCACUGCUCUGAAGGGUGCUGGCGCCACUCCUGUUGAUGCCUGCCAAUACAACUUUGGUUACACCGAUGUCAAGACUUUCCUCCAGACCGCCUCGGUCCUUGAGGGUGUUGGUGUUUCUGCUUACCUUGGAGCCGCCGCCGACAUCAUGAACAAGGGAUACCUAACCGCCGCAGGCUCUAUCCUGACGGUUGAAUCACGUCAUUCAGCAUAUCUUCGCGCCAAUUUGGACCAGCCCCCCUUUCCUCAACCUUUUGACACUCCCCUCAGCCUCGACGAAGUCUACUCUCUAGCUUCACAGUUCAUCGUUUCCUGCCCGGCCAGCAACCCCCCUCUGCCCGUCAAAGCCUUCCCCAAGCUUACCCUGGCUCCCUCUACCGCGAUGCCCGUCGUGACUGGUAACACCGUCACUCUGUUGACUCCCGACUAUGUUAUCGAGGCCCCUCCUGGCGGCAAGGUUUACGCUGCCUUCAUUGCCGUCACCGGACCUACGUUUGUUGAAGCUAUUCCGGUCAAUGGCGGCUUCUCCGUGGUUAUCCCCAGCGGCUUUGCGGGUCAGACUUAUGUCGUCCUUACUGGCUGCAACGAGUCUGUCACUGAUGACACCGUCGCUGCUGGACCUGCCAUCAUUGAGGUAACGUUUAUCUUGAGCUCGUUUCGCCAAUCGACUUACUAA